CUCUGGGGAAUAACUAGGUUAUCCCGCGGUCCUCAUCUUGCCUUCGCGGGAAAGUUCCGAUUUAAUUUAAAAACUCCCUUUGGUACUGAAGUAUAAUCGACAUACAAUGUUAUAUCCGUUGCAGGUGCAUAGCCUAGUGAUUCGAACUACCUUCCCUACCUUAUUUCAUGCUCACCACCAUAAACGUAGUUACCGUCUGCCACUCGAUUUUACUUUCUGCCCUGCCCCCUGCCCCGGGUCAAAGCAAUGUUUAUUCAAGAAUUAUCUGCCCCCCUCCAAAAAGAGAAAAAGAGAGAGAGAGAGAGGACAAUGCCAAGAGAAUGCAGAACCCUGAAACGGCUGCUGAACGUCAGCAGUGUUCAUCUCAAAGAUUACUCAACUGAGGGUUUAGUAUGUAAUUCCAGCAGCAGAAAAGAAGAACUGUACUGAACUUGAUAACUUUCUGAAAACUUGCAGAGCAGCGAGCCUGUUUAAAAGGGGAAGCCGUCUUGUGUCCUACCUUCCCAAUGCCUCUGAUCAGACGGCUUCUCCAUUUCGUGCGUGGCGAGACCUAAGCUGUCCCCGGGUGCAGAAGGGACUUUGCUAAAGUCACAGUCAUCCACACUUGGCCUUUUGUACCUCAUCAGUCAGCAUGCCCACGGCUGGGCCCAUCGUAUGUUCUCCGUGCCUUCAUAAAUUCUCAACUACUGAGGACAUGACCGCUCCAAGUUAGCCAUUUCGCGUGUAUCGAUGUUGACUUCGUAAGAAACAGCCCGUGAAAAUAGAACUUGCAUAUACAGCCAUCACCUACUACUGCCCAGAAUAUAUACAUCGCUGAACACUUUCUGGAAGCAAUUUGACAAAACGCAUCAAGAGACUUAGAAAACAGGUGGAUGGAUACCUCUGGCUCCUUCAACUCAUCUUUACCAGGGACAAUGGAGGCUUUGAUGGCCGGAACUGAGACGGUGACAGCGGAUGCGUCUGUCAGGACCACACUGUUCGACUAUGAGUUCUCGCUGCCAUGUGAAAAACUCAACGUCAAGGAGCUGGGGUCCCGCCUCUUGCCCCCACUGUAUUCCCUGGUGUUCGUGGUUGGUCUGCUGGGCAACGCGAUGGUGGUGGUGAUCCUCACAAAAUACAGGAGGCUCCGGAUCAUGACCAACAUCUUCCUGCUCAAUUUGGCCAUUUCUGACUUGCUCUUCCUGUUCACUCUGCUGUUCUGGAUUCAUUACAGCAGGUGGAACGAGUGGGUGUUCGGCCACUUCAUGUGUAAGCUCCUCUCUGGGCUUUACUACAUGGGCUUAUACAGCGAGAUUUUCUUCAUCAUCCUGCUGACCAUAGACCGGUACCUGGCCAUCGUCCACGCCGUGUUCGCCCUGCGGACCCGGACCGUCACUUUCGGUAUCACCAUGAGCGUCCUCACCUGGGGCCUGGCAGGGAUAGCAGCCCUCCCUGAAUUUAUCUUCCAUCAGUCCCAAAAUGAUGCUGAACAGUACAUCUGUUUGCCUCUUUAUCCAGGAGGCCAAGAGGAUAACUGGAAGCGUUUCCAUGCUCUGAGCAUGAACAUCCUCAGUCUGGCCCUGCCUCUGCUCAUCAUGGCCGUCUGCUACGCGGGAAUUAUUAGGACACUGCUGAGAUGCCCCAAUAAAACCAAGUACAAGGCCAUCCGGCUCAUUUUUGUCAUCAUGGUGGUCUUUUUCAUGUUCUGGACCCCUUACAACCUGGUCCUCCUUCUCUCUGCUUUCCAAACGAUCUUCUUUGAGGUCAGUUGUGAGCAGAGCAAAUGGCUCGAUGUGGCCAUGCAGGUGACAGAGGUGAUCGCCUACACGCACUGCUGCGUUAACCCCGUCAUCUACGCCUUCGUCGGGGAGAGGUUCCGGGAGCACCUCAGCCACUUCUUCCGCAGGCACGUGGCCACCAACCUGGGCAAAUACAUCCCGUUCCUUCCCAGCGAGAAAUCAGACCGAGCCAGCUCUGGCUCCCCAUCAACGGGGGAACAGGAGCUCUCUUUUGUCUUUUAGGCCAGAUGCGGAAAAAUACCUAAAGCGGAGGCGCCGGGCAGAUGAAGGAAACACAUGAAGUCCAUCGCGUUGACUUUAACGCCAGCCCUUUGAACUUCUAGCUCGAUGCCGAAACUUGUAAAGACAUUAAAGCGUAUACACAAUGGGGUCAGCAGACCCGUGUGCCCGGGCGUUAACGGGGGUCACUAGUUAGUCAGUUCACUUGCCGUCCACACAGAAGUUUGCUCGGUUCUCGGAAGAGUUACAUCCAGUGUAAUGUACCCAAGUGUUAGCUAGUCACUAUAUGCAGCUAUGAGCAGGUAAAUCAUUUUACAGUUUAAACCUUAACUUUAGCUAGCUGUUGCGUAAAUGAAACGUAUUUCACAAAAUACAAUAAAUCAGUCGCAAUACUUUUAA